UUGGCUGGUAAGGACUAAAAGAAUAGUCUAUCAUAUCCGUACCAAAUAAAAUAAUUCACACCAUGUUGUUGCAGUCUUAAAGGAGUCUAUAAAUACUUCAGCUUAACCCCAGCCUAUUAUUCUACCUGAGGCAAAUCAAAUCACGUAGCAACACACUUACUAAACCAGAUUGAUCCACAUAUUUGCAGUUGCAGGAUUCUGAAGAAAGAUCCAGCCAGGCAGGGAGGGUAAACAUGUAUGCAAGAAGGACACUGCUGCAUGCAUUCUCUGGGCAACCCUCUGGUCCGAGCCAGCCAGUGGCUGCAACCUCGGCGACUGAUGAUGGCGCUCCGGGAAGCAACUUCGAUGCGAACGUCGUCAUGAUCCUAGCUGUUCUUCUCUGUGCAUUGAUUUGCGUACUCGGGCUCAACUCGAUAGUCCGGUGUGCACUGCGGUGCUCGAGCCGGGUGGUCGUGGACUCUGAGCCAAAUCUAGUAGCACGGCUUGCUAAGGGUGGACUGAGGAGGAAGGCCCUCCGAGCCAUGCCAAUCCUGGUAUACUCGGCUAGGUUGAGGCUCAGUACUGCCAGCCCGUUGUGCGCGAUUUGCCUCUCGGAUUUUGAGCCCGGGGAGCAUGUAAGGGUCCUCCCCAAGUGCAACCAUGGUUUCCAUGUCAGAUGCAUUGAUAGGUGGCUCUUGGCGCGGUCGUCGUGCCCUACAUGCCGCCAAUCCUUGUUUGAGGCGCCACAGAAGACUGGUGGCUGCUACGAGGUGAGCCGGACCGAGCCAGUGCAGCUCCAAUCUGUACUGGUGCCACUCAGACCUGAAGGUUUGGUCACUGCAUAUGACUUCUAGAAUCUUCUUUAGUACAGUAGCUUCCAGUUGUUGCAGGAAGAGCGGGGAUAUAAGAAGAAUAUGAAAUUGUGUUCAGUAGAUGUUACUGCCAAACUGGCUUCUAGAAUCCUGUUACUCCUGUACAUUGUGAAGUCUCUAGUAAAAGAAAUUGUACAUUUCAUCGCGGUUUACUUCAUGUGUUAUACAAUUAUUGCUGGAGAA